AUGUUGAACGACAUCGAACUCGAGAAGUUGAACAGUGACUUGACAUCCCUCACGCAAACGAGUAAAACAUACCAGAACAACCUGCAACUUGCCCUUGAAAGUUUUCAUGAUCUUCUCGAGCGAUAUAAAUCCCUCAAAAGUGACUACGAGGAGGAGAAGGCUGGACGUGAGAGAUACAAAAGACAGGCUAAAGCUCGAUCCCUCAUCCAAGAACGCAAUCCGUUUGUGCUUGUUCUUAUUGAUGGUAAUGGCUACUUGUUCAAGGAAGAUUUGGUCAGAGCUGGUGCAGAAGGCGGAUUAAGAGCUGCGCAGUUGUUGAACAAUGCGAUCAAAGCAGAACUACCCCCUGAUAUACCAGAUAAUUGUCGCAUUAUGGUCCGCAUAUAUGCUAAUAUUCUUGACUUGAGCGCUGUCCUGGCUCGUGGCGACCUUGUUGGAAAGGAAGCUCGAUCCUUGUCAAUGUUCACAGCAUCUUUUACUCGUGCACAGAACUUAUUUGAUUUUGUUGAUGUGGACGCCAAAAAGGGAGGAGCAAAAUCCAAGAUCAAAGAAAAUUUUCGUCUGUUUAUCGAUAACCACCAAUGCAAACACAUAUUUCUCGGAGGAUGUCACGACAGGGAGUACAUGCCGAUGUUGGCCCUGUAUCGAGAUGAGAAAAAUCGCGUCACUCUUAUAAAAUCUGCCAAUACGUAUCCUGAAUAUCAGACAUUUGGGCUAUCCAUGAAGGACCUUCCUUCAGUAUUUAUGUCCACAUUUAUUGAGGAUCGUCCAUCGCCACCAAUUGACCCUAACAAGCCCGUUUGUACACAUUUCUCCAAGGGUAUCUGUAAAUUCGGCGUUUCGUGUACGAAAUCACAUCUCUCGGAAGAGUUCAAAAUCAAAUCCAGCGAAGACCCGCUCUUCAAAUCACCACCAAAGAAUUUGCCAAGCCUCCCCAUUCACAAGAAAUGCUAUGCGAUACUUCUCCCUAAAGCGAGCGGGAAUACCACGAGCCGCAUACCAGUGGAUAAAGAGGGAGGUCGGAUUGAUACAUAUACACCACGACCCUCUGACGAUUCAUUCCAGAGAUAUAAAGACCUAUCUCUGCGCCUUUGCAACAACUUUGACACGCGUGUGGCUCGCUGGGKCAAGCCAGAUGACGAUGCAGAGGACGAGAAAUUCGAAGAAACACGCACUGAUGACACUGGUAGUAGUAAUCAGACCAACGCGAAAGAUAAAGGGAUCGAGGAGUUCGAAGCUAUGUGGAAUGGUACCGAUGUUGCUCAGACCGACAAUGAAUCCUCCCAAUCAUUCUCAGUAGCGAAUUCCACUAAUGAAGAUACGAGUCCAGAUCUUCUGGAAGUUGAGGAAACAGCAUCAAACUUUUCUAUAGAGUGGUGA